CAUCAUGCCGUAUUCCCACCCUUUGGUGAGAAGAGAGGAGUGAUAAUAAUAGUGAAACGCCGAUCUUAUCCGUAUUAAGUCUUAAAUGAACUCAAAUCGUCGAGGACACUCCUCCUACUCCGGCGACUCCGCUCCCGCAGCUGCUCGAUGCGCGGGAGGAAAUUUCGCAGCUCCAUCUUUAUCUGUAUCGCCAUCGCCGUGAAGACAAAGGGGGACUCGGGCAAAUGAAGAUGUGCUGCAAAACGCAGGAAAAGCCGGGCAUAAAGUGAGUGUUCGUGCAGCCGCGCCCGCCCGGAGGCAGAUCGGAGCACCGGUCCUUGGAGACUGUUUGGCGAUGCGCACAGAUGUGAGAGGAAAGUGCGAGCGGGGAUUGUGAUUGGACGCACUCACCCUGAAACGCACAAGGCACGGCGAGGCAUGUUUGCUCCAGUCAGGGGAUUAACGAGGUGGUAUGAAACUUGAGGGAGACGUGUUGUUGUCGGGGUGCGCAGUCGAUGCGUUCGCAGCGUUAUCCAGUAAACUUGCAUCAUCUCCCCAAAGAGGCGGAGGCGCUGUCCGCGGUGCUGAAGCUGAGACUCAACUAGUGAGCGGGAGGACACACUCUCACUCCGGCACCUGUUCCCCAGCAUCCUGCUAGACCUGGGAGCCUUGGGAAGAACGUGUUGCAUGAAGAUCUGACUGCGUUGCAUCAUGGUGUGGAUGAAGCUCAAGAUGGUGCUGGACUCCCUGUGUGGACGGAGACGCCGGCUGCCCUGUUCCCUUUGGUUCAUCCUGCUGUUUGGUGCUGGAGGUCUGGUUCUUUUCAUCCACCAGCAGGACCUGUCAGAGAUGGUCCAGCAACACGGUCCGGGCAUGAAACUUGGAAGCACGCCACGGCAGUCCAGAGAGACCCUGUCCACUCAGGACCACGAGAGACACAGAUCUGACGGUUACCACGGCCUCCAGGCUCCAGAGAGCAUCCUGUCCAGCCCCAUCCCUCCCAUGCAGUUCCCACACUUCGAGAAGCACCGCCAGAAGGCCCCCGCUUUAUCCCGGGAGCACGAUAUGGGCUCCCUUCACGUCACCAAAAGACAACGCAAACUGCUGAAAACAAGUCCACAAGUCCUUCACAGCAAAAGUAACGUCUCCUCAGCCUCCUCGUCUUCGCCCUCUGCUUCCUCCGCUUCCUCCGCUUCCUCUGCCUCCUCGUCAUCUUCAAUCACGUCUUCAGCCUUAGUUUCUUUCUCGUCUCCAGUUUCCUCUCCCAGUGCCUCCGGCUCUGCUCGCCAAGAAGGCUGGGGGACGCUCUCCGGCAUCAUCGAUGCGCGCCAGCAGCUGAUGAAGGAGAUCUGUGCCAAGUACAAAAGCAGCAUCUCCAAAACCAUCACGCGGAAUCACGUGAAACACCUCUUUGUGGAGGACAAGUACAAGCUGUUGUACUGCCAGGUACCCAAGGCGGGUUGCUCGAACUGGAAGAGGACCCUGAUCGUGCUGGCGGGCCAGGCCGCCAACGCUCACAGCAUUAAGCACGACACCGUCCACUACGGCGGGUACCUCAAGACGCUCGAUAGCUUUAACCGCAAAGAGAUCAUGCACCGCCUGGAAACCUACAAGAAAGUCCUGUUUGUCCGUAAGCCCUUGGAGAGGGUCGUGUCGGCUUACAGGGACAAGUUUGAGAACCCCAACGACUACUACCACUCCCUGUUUGGGAAGCCCAUAGUUUCCAAGUACAGGGCGAACCCCUCGGAGGAGGCGCUCAAGACCGGCAGCGGCGUCACGUUCAAGGAAUUCAUCCAGUACCUGCUGGACGUCCACCGGCCCGUGGGGAUGGACAUCCACUGGGAGCAGGUCAACCAGCUCUGCCACCCUUGUCUCAUCGACUACGACUUCAUCGGCAAGUUUGAAAACAUGGAGGAGGAGUCCAACUUCCUCCUGCAACUCAUCGGGGCGCCGCCCAAUCUCACACUACCCAGUUUCAAAGAUAGGAACCCGAGCGACAAGCGGACCUCUACGGAGAUCACGGAAAAAUACUUUUCACAGGUCAGCACGCUGGAGAGGCAGCGGGUGUACGACUUCUACUACAUGGACUAUCUGAUGUUUAACUACUCCAAGCCUUUCAAAGAUUUAUAUUGAUCGACUCCUCUCACGGUUCUUAAAUCAUUCCACUUCGUCUACAUUUCUGCAAUGAUCGUAAUCUCAACAUGAAAAGACGUGCACUCACAUGCUCAUUCGGGUGGUUGAGUCUGUCUAUGUCAGAGAGACCAAGCUUUCUCUGAAUAUCGCAAAAGCUGAUUUUUACUACAUUUUUACCAGAUUAUUUUCUUUCUUAAAUCAACUGUGGGACAAACUUGUUCAUCUGCUGUUGGAUUCGAUACUGUAAUUUGUCUCGAAAUGCAAGAAACCUAUUUUCUACAACAAAUGGUUAGAUUCAAAUGAAGUUCUGAUGACUAUUAUUACUCAGCCUGCUUUAAGACAUGCCUUCCUGUAAGUCAAGUAGAAGGUGUCAUGUUUUUUAUUUACGGUUUUAUUGGCAAGACUUUAAUCAAAUGUUCCAGUUAAAUUUGGAGGGUUGCUAAUGUCGCAGCCCUUUUACCCAUCAAAUAUUCGUGAACACAGAAUUUCAGUAUUGACCUUGAUUUGUUAGAAUAAACUGCUUUUAUGAUACAACAACAUUUGCACUUGCUAUUUGACUUACAGCAGGUGAGGCAUUAGCAUACCUCUAUAUAUCAGUGCAUACUAAUACAAAUAUUUCAUGUCAACAGCUUUACAAAAAUGUAAAUCAUAACAAAAUGUAAGCCUAUGAAUAGUAUUAAUCUUUAAAUUGUGCAAAGUGCUGACCACUCAGAAGCUGUGUGCACUUAUUGUAGCAUUUUUAUACUUCUAACCUUGUCAGUUUUGGGUUUUGUGCAGUAGUCUAGCACAUCUGCUCCCGGGCCGUCAAAUGCACGACAUCCAGGGUGCUAGGUGAUGUUGCCAGUAUCUCUCAAUGCCACGGUCACUCAUUUUCAAAAGUCAACAGGCUGGCAAACUAAAUAAAAUCAAUGUUUUGUACGAUUUGGACUUUCCAACUGGAGUGAGAGGAAGAACAAGAAUAAAAUUGAGUCAUCCACCAGCAGGUUUCACUCGUACGUCUCACCCAGAUCUCCCAAGAUGCCACCCGGCAGCCCCUCUGUGUGUUUCACAUCUCCUGUAUUCUCCAUCACUGUACAGGCUUCUUUUCUGACUCUACUGUGUAGACUUGUGCAAUGGGCAUUCAGAUAACUAUAUAUUUUUAUAUGUAUUUCUAAAAUAUAAAUACACACAUACACACACACACACACACACACACAUCCAGUGCAUACACAUACACACAUAUAUAUAGAUAUAGAUAUAUAUCCUUUCAGUAAUACCAGUGUAAAGUGUUGUGUCACUGAAGAGUUUCUUUCCAAAGUAAAAAUAUCCACCGGUGGAAAACCACAACUUUGACUCCUUUAACAUCCAAAUUAAGGUGCACAAGGAGCUGCGGUGGAUGUAAUGAUAACAUUUGGUGAUUUGGCUGUAACAAAAGAUCUUGUUAAAUGAAAAUGGAUAUGGACAAUUUUGGAAAUGAGCUCUUUGAUUAUUUCUCCCUGAUGUGUUUGACUCUUAAUAGGAUAUUAGACUCUGGCUAAAUGAGCUUCAUUCCUCCCAGUAACCCAUCCUUGUUAAUGACUUUUUUAACCUAUAACAACUCUUUUGUGUGACUGUGUGCGUGCGCAAGCGUGUGUGAGUGUGUGUGUGUGUGGGUGUGUGUUUGUUUGUUAAUGAGCAAGCUUUUUAGAUGUUUUACAAUCGUUGCUGUUGCAUUUCAGAAGAUGCAGUAAAUGCACACUAAAAUCUACUGCAGCUACAUCCUGCUUGUGAUAUUAUUAAACCACUGAUAGAUAAGUUUCUUUAUUUCCCAUUUGAUACAGCUCAGACCACAGUAACAAUGUGCACUAAUGGAAACUGCGUGCAUACUAGCAGGUUUUGGAGCCCAAAGAAUCAGCUUGUACUGAAAUGAACUGCAGUUUUAGAUUUUUGCUCAGUUUUAGACUUCAGAUGAUCCCUUUGAGAUAAAUUAAGUUGAACUGAAUUCAGUUGGAGGCUUUAACAAAACCCCAAUCAAUGUAAUUGGUAACAAAUCUUUUCUUCCUGUGAGAGAAAAGCACCGUAGAAUUUGAUCGUGACGAAAUUAUAAGGAAACUUAUCUGGCUGAAAGUUUCUGUUUCAAAGUUUCAGUUUCUGAAAAACCUUUAACAAUUCUGCUGGCGCUGCCCUUUCAUGGGAACUUGUUUGAGCUUUCGUCAGUUCAGAGACGGUUUUUACAGUUUUUAAAUCUUUUUUUCAUUGUUGUUGUUGUAGAUUGUGGUUAUACUCUGAAGGUUUAGCCAAGCUUGGGCCAACACAGCUGUUGUACAAUGAUGGGUAUCGCUCGCUCCCUGCCUUCCAGCUUAUAAAGUCUUAUUGGUACGUGGGUGUGUGGAACAAAUUUAUCAAAAAGCAUAAUCACAGUAACAAGUGAAUGUAUAACUUAUUGUUGGUGUUAAAAGUGCAGAAAAAAAUGAUCUUAAGCCCUUUGCCUUAUUUUACACUGCCAAUCACAUGGUGUAUUUCAGGAAGACAAUU